UCAUAUGUUCAAGAUUGCCCCACGUCAAAUAAUCCCAAAAUCUUCUCCAUUUUCCCAUCCAAAUAAUUCACAAAUAAACUCAGCAGAAAAAUCGAAGAACAACAAGAACAAGGAGCAAAAUCCCAAAAAUCCCAAAAAUCCCAAAAAAAAGUUGCAGAAGAAUCUUCUCGUUUCCCCCUUAUCCCUCAGCUUCAGCUCCAUUGAUGAGCUGAUCCCUCUUCCUCUCUAUAAUGCGCCCUCUCCGGCCGCCAUCUUCAGCCCCACCGCCAUGUCUCCACUUCUCUCCCCCUCUCUCCUCCUCCUUCCUCUUCAGCUUCAGACCCAACAACCGAUUCCACUUCCUCAAGCCCUGUUCUUCUCUCAAGCAAUCCAAGAAGCCCACUCUUCAGAAGGCCCCCACCGGCGCCCCCCAGAGCUUCAAGUGGCUCUUUAGCCCCAAGGGCGACGACGACGGCGAGAAAGGGAAUAAGGGUUCGGCGGAGGGAGAUGGUGCCGCUUUGGAGGGCGACACUGCGGUUAAGGGCACCCUCUUGGCCGGUGUUUUGCUUGUUGGUGUGAUUGGUGGGUUUGCAUUUGCGGGAUAUGUGUACAGGGAUCCGAUCAAUGCGUUCUUGAAUCAGUUCUCCACGUUUAUUGAUGGAUAUGGUCCAGCAGGAUAUGCUCUAUUUGUAGCAGUGUAUGCAGGAUUGGAGAUCCUUGCAAUUCCCGCCAUUCCGUUAACAAUGUCAGCAGGACUACUCUUUGGCUCUGUAAUUGGGACGGUUAUAGUUUCCAUAAGUGGAACGGUGGCUGCUAGUGUUGCCUUUUUGAUUGCUCGGUAUUUUGCUCGUGAGCGUAUUCUUAAGCUCGUAGAAGGAAACAAGAAAUUCGCUGCCAUUGAUAAAGCCAUUGGGGAAAAUGGUUUCAAAGUAGUCACCCUCCUACGUUUGAGCCCCUUGCUCCCAUUUUCUCUAGGAAAUUAUCUAUAUGGACUCACAUCUGUUAAGUUUGUUCCCUAUGUAUUGGGAAGUUGGCUUGGGAUGCUUCCGGGAACAUGGGCUUACGUCAGUGCAGGUGCAUUUGGACGAGCGAUUAUUCAAGAAGAAUCUGAAGUUGGUUUGCUAGGAGGAGGCAAUGGUCAGCUGUGGACUCUGGGACUGGGAUUGUUGGCCACAGCACUUGCUGCUGCAUACGUUACACGAUUAGCCAAGAGCACGCAGGAUCCACCACCAAAACAAAUUGCGAAUCGGAAUCUGAAAUCGUUUCAUGUGGAAAGAGGAAAAGAAAAGAAAAUGAAAGAAAGGCAUAUCAUCAUCAAUCGCAGUCAAUUUCUAGGGUUUCAUAUGAAGAAAUCGAUCCGAGCGAUAAAAGCUAAGAAAUGAAGCAAUGUACAUACAGUUGACGGCUC